GAUAACCAGAGUCUCAGAUGUAUAAAAAGGCAGUGGGGCUCUGCUCUUCAGAAGCAGUCCUGAAGGCAUCAUGGACAAGCUUAUUCUUGCGACAGGUCUGGCACUUCUGUUGAAUGUUCAGCUGGGUCUGGCACGUGCACUGAAUGCCCAGCUGGGUUCUUCCUACAAGUUAAUGUGCUGGUACAACAAUGUGGCCAAGGACAGGCCAGAAGGUGGCAGGGUCAGUCCUGCCGAUAUUGACCCAUGCUUGUGUACUCACCUCAUCUACGCCUUUGCACAUAUACAGAACAACAGGAUCGUUCCAGGAACAGAGGACUUGACUGACUAUGAAACUUUAAAUAACCUGAAAAACAGGAACACUGAGCUGAAAACUCUCCUGGCAGUUGGAGGUGAAUAUAUCCUUUUUUCACUCAUGGCAUCCACUCCUGAGUUACGUAAGGUUUUUAUCAAUUCAACUAUUGACUUACUGUACAAGCAUAACUUUGAUGGGCUGAACUUGGACUGGCAGUUCCCUAGGUCUCCUGAGGAAAAGCAACACUUCACUCUCCUGCUGCAGGAAAUGCAUCAAGCUUUUCAGCAGGAAUCUGAGAAGAGCAGCAAGCCAAAGCUGUUGGUCACUGCUACAGUAGCUGGUAUCAUUUCCACCAUUCAGUCUGCCUAUGAGAUCCCCCAAUUGUCUCGGUUCUUGGACAACAUCCUGGUCAUGACCUAUAAUCUUCAUGACUAUACAGAGAGACAAACUGGAGAAAACAGUCCACUCUACGAACUCUCUACUGAAACUGACACCUCCCGCAAUGUGGAUUACAUCAUGAAGUACUGGGAGAAAAAUGGUGCUGCAGCUGAUAAGCUGAUUGUUGGCUUCCCAACAUUUGGACAAACUUUCUCCUUGAUGUACCCCUCUAAGCAUGGAAUUGGUGCUCCAUCCACAGGCCCUGGCACUCCAGGCUCCUACACAAACCAACCUGGGAUCCUGGCCUACUAUGAGGUUUGUGGCUUCCUGGAAAAAGGAGCCACUCAGCUCUGGGAAAAUUCUCAGCAAGUUCCCUAUGCAUAUGACAACAAUGAUUGGGUUGGGUAUGACAAUAUCAAGAGCUUCUCUCUGAAGGCAAACUGGCUUCAGCAGAAUGGCUUUGCAGGUGCCAUGAUCUGGGACCUUGGCAUGGAUGACUUCAAUGGCUUUUUCUGUAACCAGGGCAAGUUCCCUCUGACCUCUGAGCUGAAGAAAGCCCUAGGGGUGUCUAGUACAAGUUGCAUGUCCUCUGUUUCCGGGCUUCAUCAGGUAAAUCCUCCACUAGACGAUGGGUGUAGAAGUUGGAAGAAAUCCUCUGAGGCAGUGGAUUACCAUUGUCCUGUGCCAAAAGAAUAAUCAAAAUGCCUGCCUGUGAUACCUGAAUACAUUCUAAUCCCUGUAAAAAUCCAAAGUAGACCUUGUCCUCAAUCGAUAUGUGAUGAGGUCAUUAGGUAUAACCCUGACCUUUCAGUCUCUCUCACUGUUCUGAACAGAACAAUCUCCUUUUUUCUUGUAAAGCUGCCUUGCUCAUCUCUAAAUUGCUAAAAUAAAAUCAACAUUCAAAACAUGA